AUGAUGCCAUACAUGUCAGUGACCGCACAUUAUGUCAACCAAGAGUGGAGAAUGCAGUCCAAAUGUCUACAGACCAGCUUCAUGCCAGAGACGCAUUCGGCGGACAAUUUGGAGGAUGCUCUGCGCAGCACGAUCAUGGAGUGGAACAUACAGGAGAAAAGGAUCGCCUGCAUAACCACUGACAAUGGGGCGAAUAUCGUCGCUGCCAUCCGGCAGUUGAAAUGGCAAUGGCUGAGUUGCUUUGGCCACAACCUGAACCUGGCCAUUAACAACUCCCUGGCGCAACAGAAAGCGAGCACAGACCGUGCUUUUGGAGUUUGCCGAGCUGUCAACGCUGCCUUUUCCCACAGCUGGCUACGGCGAAAUGAGCUUCGGAAAGCGCAGGUGGAAAUGAACCUCCCUGAGCAUUCAUUGAUCACGGAUUGUGCCACGCGAUGGGGCUCAAAACAGCAAAUGGUGGAAAGAAUACUGGAGCAAGCACAAGCCAUCAAACGUGUGCUUGCUGAAGACAAAAGCCGCCGCCCACUGCCCCAGCUGACAUGGCAGGACAUAAGUGUUCUAGAAUCGGUGAACAAGGCGCUGAAGCCAGUGGCGGAUUUCACAGAUAUUCUUUCUGGGGAAAACUACAUAACGGUGUCCUCCCUGGUACCCAUGCUGGGCCAUUUAGAAAGUGUGCUGGAGAAAUGUGAUGAUGAUUCCGAAUUGACAGCCAACCUGAAGCGUGUUGUCCUGGAGCAGAUGGAACGCAGAUAUGAUGACACCAUUCAGAGGAUGCUGCGUAAAGCCACACUGCUUGACCCCAGGUACAGAGGCGACCACAUGAGCCCCCAAGCACUUCGCUGUACAAAAUGUGAGCUGAUUGAAGAGGUCGUGGCAGAAAUCAUUCAUUCAAGUGCAACACCCGGCCCGGCACAAGGCGGAGAAGAGGAAACGGGAGAAAGCGCCGCGGCAGUGCCCAAAAACAAGAAGGCGUCUUUGGGGAGCCUUUUAGGGAAGAGGGGAGCCAGAGAAUCCACGCUCACUGACGAGCAAAGAGCUGAAGCAGAAAUGGCCAUCUACCUGCAGGAAAGUGCAAUCGAUGGGGAAGAGGAUCCACUGAUAUGGUGGAAAAAUAAUUAG